ACUAAGCGAGUGGUUUAGGCCGACUUCUGAAAUUCAAAUCCGUGGGCUGAAAGCGCGCGUGCCUUGAACGGUUGACAAGAAAGUGAAGGUGCGUCCGUGUUCUUCCAGGGUAUCCCUGUAAAGUUUCCUCCUUCGAAAAGAGCAUCCUUUGUUACCCUGUGGUGCGCGAUAUACCACCCACAAGCUGAUUCGAGUCCCGAGCAGCUGGCCCCAAAUCGCCCAACAAGUUUACCAGUGUGUUUAUGUGUAUGUGUCGCCGUUGCAAAUUUUUAUAAGUGAAAAAUUCCAACAACGUUGCUGCAAGCAGCGGCAACAACAGCAACCAGCUACAAGCUAUAUACAAGAGCGAAAAAUGAGGCAAAACACGUUUUGCUCAAAGAAAAAAAAUAUGCUGCGUUUGAUGUCCGUACGUGUGUGUUUGUGUGUGCCCCCGUGCGCGUAACUGUGUGUGUGCCGUGUCCGUGUGUGCGAGUCCACCAACACCAAAAUGCUUGUAAAAAUGUGAAGAAAAAUGUCAUCGGUCGGUGAAUCAGUCGAGUGAUGUUAAAUGAUGAAUUCCAGCAUUCAUUCAGAGUGCAAGCCCCAAGAAAAAACGACAAAUGACAAUACCGCAAAUUAAACAAGUGCGAAGAGGAAGUAAUAAAACAAGAGUGAACAGUAGACCGAGCUUCCUACCCGCUCCGAAAAUGGAGCGGCUCCUGCUCCUGAUUCUCCUGCUCCUGGGCCAGGAAUCUUUGUGCCAAACAGGUGACACCAAGCUGGAACUAAUGGCACCGCGUGGCCGCAGUUAUGCCACCACAUACGAACAGUACGCCGCCUUUCCGAGGCGGAGGAGCUCCUCGACAGCGGGCGAGAUGCAGUCCCGCGCCGUGGAUACCAGCGCCGACUUCGAGGUGCUUGAGGGUCAGCCGCGGGGAACCUCGGUUGGCUUCAUUCCCACAAAGCCAAAGUUCUCCUACCGCUUUAACGAGCCUCCACGAGAAUUCACGCUCGAUCCGGUAACGGGGGAGGUGAAAACGAAUGUGGUGCUCGAUCGCGAGGGAAUGCGCGACCACUACGAUUUGGUGGUGCUCUCCUCGCAGCCCACCUACCCUAUUGAGGUGCGCAUCAAGGUUUUAGACAUAAACGACAAUUCACCGGAGUUCCCCGAGAAAAGUAUUGCCAUAUCCUUUUCUGAAAGUGCCACAAGUGGAACAAGACUGCUCCUCGAUGCCGCCACUGAUGCCGAUGCCGGCGAAAACGGUGUAACUGAUCAGUACGAGAUUGUGGCCGGUAAUGUAGACAACAAAUUUCGAUUGGCCACUACGGCGAAUCCUAGUGGAGACACUUCGUAUUUGCACUUGGAGACCACUGGUAAUCUCGACCGCGAGUCGCGCGGCAGCUACCAGCUGAACAUCUCUGCAAGGGACGGAGGAACUCCGCCACGUUUCGGCUUCCUGCAGGUGAAUGUCACAAUUUUGGAUGUGAACGACAAUCCUCCAAUAUUCGAUCAUAGCGAUUACAAUGUGUCACUAAACGAAACAGCGCUCCCGGGAACUCCGGUGGUGACUGUCAUGGCUUCGGACAACGAUUUGGGGGAUAACAGCAAGAUUACCUACUACCUGGCUGAAACGGAGCACCAGUUCACAGUCAAUCCUGAGACGGGCGUCAUUUCCACAACAGAGCGAAUAAACUGUCCCCAACAGACGAAUGUCAAGAGCUCUAACCAGAAAAGUUGCGUCUUCACAGUUUUUGCCCGGGAUCAUGGAUCUCCCAGGCAGGACGGACGCACCUAUGUCACCGUCAACCUGCUGGACACCAACGACCACGACCCCAUUAUAAGUUUUCGCUACUUUCCAGAAGGCGGCAAGGUGGCCACUGUGGAUGAGAAUGCCGUAAACGGUACUGUAGUAGCAGCCAUAGCCGUAAAGGAUUCCGAUUCCGGUCUGAAUGGCAGGACAACGGUGCGAAUUGUUUCUGGCAAUGAGCUAGGGCAUUAUCGCCUGGAAGAGGCAGCCGACCUGCACAUAGUAAGGGUGAACGGAGUCUUAGAUCGGGAGGAGCUCGGAAAAUACAACUUGACUGUGGUGGCAAUGGACCAAGGAACUCCAGCAAGAACUACAACGGCCCACUUGAUUAUAGAUGUGAACGAUGUUAACGAUCAUGAGCCGGUGUUCGAAAAGUCGGAGUACUCAGCGGUUCUGAGUGAGCUGGCCCCCAAGGGCAGUUUUGUGGCCUCGAUCACGGCCACGGAUGAAGACACCGGCGUUAAUGCGCUGGUGCACUACGACAUUCUCUCGGGCAACGAACUCAAGUGGUUCUCCAUGGACCCUUUUACGGGCCUUGUCGUGACAGCCGGACCGCUGGACAGGGAGGUGCGUGACAGCGUGGAACUGAGCAUCUCAGCGAGGGACGGAGGCCCGAAUCCGAAGUUCGCCUAUACGCAGCUGAAGGUGACCAUUUUGGACGAAAACGACGAGGCACCUCAGUUCAGUCAGAGCCAACAGAACAUAACUCUUGGUGAAGAUGCUCCGCUUCAAACGGUUGUGGCCUUGCUGACAGCCACUGACCACGAUCAGGGCACCAAUGGUUCAUUGACCUUUGCCCUGGCGCCCAGUGUGGAGCGCCUGUACCCGCGACAGUUUGCCCUCGACGCGAUAACGGGCCAAUUAACGACCCGUCGGUCGCUCGAUCGUGAGAAAACGGCAAGCUACGAAAUUCCUGUCAUCGCCCGCGAUCAGGGAGCACCCACACCCCAAUCGGCCACUGCAACCGUUUGGCUGAGCGUGGCUGACGUGAACGAUAACGAUCCCGAAUUUUAUCCCAUUCACUAUAUCUACACGCUCAGCGAUGGCGAUAUCCAAUCUAAGGAGAAGCCGAAGGCAGGCGGAGAAAGGACCCUGCUCCAUGUCACGGCCACAGAUCAAGACGAGGGCGAUAAUUCCUUAAUUGAGUACAGACUUGAGGCAGGUGGCGAGGGCCUGUUCCAGCUGGACGCGAGAUCCGGAGCCGUCAGCCUGCGCGGCGAUAUUCCCCCGUCCAUGCACUUAAAGUCCCACUACAGGCUUCAAAUCUCAGCACGUGAUGCCGGGCAGCGAAGGAGCCAAAGGGAUGCCGUCGUGGAGAUUGUGCUCAAGUCCAAGGCGGAGACUCUCGAAUGCGGCCAGGAGGGACAGAGCGGUUAUGAGUUUCAGAUGGUCGAGGAUCACGAGCAACAGAAGCAGCUGCCGGGUCGAGAGGUAGGGAUCGUGCAAGCAAGGGCCCAAGAAGGAAAGCUCAUGCUGCCCGUCGAGUAUGACAUCAUCCACGGCGACCCGGCUCAGAGCUUUGCCAUCGACCAUAGGAGUGGUCGCAUCACCACGGCCCGCACUUUGGAUCGAGAGGAGCAGGCACACUAUCGCUUGACGAUUUUGGCCAGCUCCAGUUCCAGUUCCAGUUCCAUUGUUUCGUAUGGUCUGUGCAGUGUGCAUGUUGCCAUAAUCGAUCUGAAUGAUAAUGCACCUAUUUUUGCCCUGGAUCGUGAUUCAGAUCCCACGAUCUGGCUGCCGGAGAAUGCGGCGGUGGGCCAGGAGAUCUAUUUGUCGAGAGUGCGAGAUCGGGAUGCGGGUGUAAACAGUAGAAUAAGCUACAGCCUUACAAAUAACCCCGAGCAGCAGUUCCGCAUUGGCCAAGUUACGGGAGUCCUCUACCUGCAACGACCCAUAAGAGCGGAGCCCGGAUCGGUGAUCCACGUGGAGCUGAUGGCUACAGAUGGGGGCAGUCCACCGCUCUCCAGUAAGUUGAGUCUUUCAGUCAGAAUAGCGGAUGUCAACGACCACACGCCAGUGUUCGAUCACACUUCCUACGAGACCUCGCUGCUAGAGACCACGAAAGUAAACACUCGUUUUUUUGCUCUGGGCGCUACUGAUAUUGAUCUGGGAGACAAUGGCCGAAUCUCGUACGAGAUAAUCGACGGCAACUCCGAACGCAUGUUUGGUGUUUUUCCCGAUGGGUUUCUCUUUGUAAGAGCUUCACUGGACCGCGAGGAGCGAGAUUACUACGCCCUGACAGUUUCUUGCCGAGACGCGGGCCAACCGUCCAGAUCAUCCGUUGUGCCAGUGGUGAUCCACGUGAUUGACGAAAACGACAAUGCGCCACAGUUCACCAACAGCACAUUUACAUUUAGCAUACCAGAGAACGCACCCGCGGAUACCUUUGUGGGAAAGUUGACAGCUGUGGAUCGUGAUAUCGGGCGGAACGCAGAGCUCAGUUUUACUCUUUCCAGUCGGACCCAGGACUUUACUAUAGACGCUAGAAAUGGUUUUAUUAAGACUCUGCGUCCCUUUGACCGCGAGGCUUUGGUUAAAUUGAGCCGAAGCACGGAAGCGGGCAACGAAGAAGAACGAAACGCUGCCAGCCAGGGAUCCCUGGCAGGCAACUACAUGCUGCUGGAGGCCACCGUGUCGGAUAAUGGCAGUCCUCGUUUGCAGGACAAAGUCAAGGUAAAGGUGAUCGUCACAGAUGUUAACGACAAUGCACCGGAAUUUUUACGAGCCCCUUACCAUGUCACUAUCUCUGAGGGAGCCCUAGAGGGAACUCAUAUUACACACGUGUUCACCCAAGACGCGGACGAGGGUCUGAAUGGAGAUGUUUAUUACACAUUAGCCAAGGGAAACGAGGCCGGACUCUUUACCCUGGAUAGCGCCACAGGGCAGUUAUCGUUAUCCCGCAGAUUGGACCGGGAAUCCAAGGAAAUCCACAUCCUAGUCGUUGUCGCCCGGGACGCUGCUCUCAAGCACCCGCUAAGCUCCAAUACCAGCAUAACGGUUUUAGUUCUGGACGAGAACGAUAACGCUCCGGAGUUCACACAGUCCAGUAGCGAAGUGUCCGUACUUGAAACUAGUCGAACGGAUACGGAGCUAAUGCGCUUUCGAGCUAGUGAUGCCGACCAGGGAGUCAACAGUCAGGUGGUGUUCAGCAUAUCGGCGGGAAAUCGCCGCGAUACUUUCCACAUUGACAGUCUUACCGGUAGCCUCUAUCUGCACAAGCCUUUAGACUACGAGGACGUCACCAGCUACACCCUUAAUAUUACGGCCUCCGACUGCGGCACUCCCUCGCUCUCUACUACUGUAAUAUACAACGUUCUCGUAGUGGACGACAACGACAACCCACCGAUUUUCCCCAGCACUGCGAUUGUUCGUCAGAUCAAGGAGGGAAUACCACUAAAGACGCCUAUUGUGACCAUUACGGCUGAUGAUCCGGAUUCGGGACUUAAUGGCAAGGUAAGCUACGCUAUUAGCAAGCAGGAGCCGCAACUUCCGGCAGGACGACACUUUGGCAUAAACACGGAGACGGGAGUGAUCCACACACUGAGGGAGAUAGACCGCGAGACUAUCGACACCUUUCGACUAACUGUCGUCGCCACGGAUCGGGCUCAACCGUCUGAGCGGCAGCUCUCCACCGAGAAGCUUGUUACAGUCAUCGUCGAGGACAUCAACGAUAAUGCCCCCGUGUUUGUGUCCAUGAACGCGGCAAUCCUGCCGCGGCCCAAGGUCCCGACAUCCAAGGGGAGCACAAUUGUUAUGCAGGUGGUGGCGAAGGACGCGGAUUCAUCGAGCAACGGUCUCGUUAGCUACGAGAUUGUUAGCGGGCCACAGGAAGUGUUCCGCCUUCAACGGAACACUGGGAUCAUUACCUUUAAUCCCGGUCCCCAGUUCAAGCCAGAGGUGCGCUAUCAGCUGACCUUGAAGGCCACAGACGAAGCAGUCCAAAGUGAGCGGCGCAGCAGUGAGGUGUACAUCACAAUCAUUACGCCGGGAACCGGCCAAGGUGAAGCUUCUGAGCCGCAGUUUGAGCAACCGAAUAUGCUUGCCGGCUCAGUGUACGAGAACGAGCCGAUCGGCACGAGCAUUCUUACAGUGAACGCCCAUCUAGAAUCCGCCGAGAUUGAAUAUUUUGUGACCAAUGUUACGGCGUUUGGAUCUCACAAGCAGGUGGAUCGGCUAUUCGACAUCGAUGCCAAACUGGGAAUCCUUUCCACAGCCGCUGAGCUUGACCGAGAAGAUGGACCCGACGCAUACGAGGUGGAGGUGUACGCUAUCGCUUUAAGCGGACCACCACGAACGUCCCGCACCACGGUCAGAGUAACAGUUCUGGACAAGAACGAUAGCCCCCCGCAGUUUUUAGACACCCCGUUUGUAUACAACGUCAGUGAGGACUUGGAGAUCGGGCACACCAUUUCCACACUGCGAGCCCACGAUCCGGAUACUCUUGGUUCGAUGACGUUCCUGCUGAUUGACGGACACGAUGAAAAGUUCCUCGUGGAGGCCACAACUGGCAAGCUUCUCCUAAACGACACUCUGGAUCGGGAGACGAAAGACAAAUACGAGCUCCGUAUCCGCGUAUCCGACGGAGUGCAGUAUUCAGAGGCAUGCGCAACCAUCCAGGUAAGCGAUACCAACGACAACCCGCCCAUGUUCGAGGACACCGUGUAUUCCUUUGACAUACCGGAAAACGCGCAGCGAGGUUAUCAAGUAGGCCAGAUUGUGGCCAAAGACGCUGAUCUGGGCCAGAAUGCCCAGCUUUCCUACGGAGUGGUGUCGGAUUGGGCCAACGACGUUUUCAGUCUGAAUCCGCAAACCGGGGUGCUGACCCUGACUUCUCGACUAGACUACGAAGAGGUUCAGCACUACAUCCUAAUAGUGCAGGCCCAGGACAACGGUCUUCCCAGUUUGUCCACAACUAUUAUAGUGUACUGCAACGUGCUAGACCUGAACGACAAUGCUCCAAUUUUCGACCCAAUGAGCUAUUCCAGCGAGGUCUUUGAGAACGUACCUAUCGGGAAGGAGGUGGUCACUGUAUCAGCCAAGGACAUUGACUCGGGCAACAAUGGGCUUAUUGAGUACAGCAUCACCGCGGGAGACGCAGACUCCGAGUUCGGGGUCGACAGCAACGGCACAAUUCGCACCCGCCGUCAGCUGGAUAGGGAGCACCGAUCGGCCUACACACUAACAGUCACCGCUCGCGACUGUGCUGAUGAGUUCGCAUCUUUCACCGAGCUGGAGGAGACGCAGCUUAAGCUCAAGUACCGCUCGCCCAGACGAUAUCAGCAAACUCAGCAGCAACAGUUUCUGGCCCAUCAAAAGCAGCAACGGCUGUCGUCGACUGUGAAGGUAACGAUACUCAUCAAAGAUGUCAAUGACGAAGUGCCCAUUUUCGUUUCCGCAAACGAAACCGCGAUCAUGGAGAACGUGGCCAUCAACACAAUCGUUAUCGCUGUCAAAGCCGUCGACAACGACGAGGGCCGAAACGGUUACAUCGAUUAUCUCAUGAAGGAUGGCAACAAAGAGGGCGCGGGUCAAUCGGAGCCCCUGCCCUUCUCACUCAACCCCACCGACGGACAGCUUCACGUAGUUGAUGCUCUCGAUCGCGAGUUGCGUUCCAGCUAUCUUCUCAAUAUCACAGCCACCGAUCGCGGAGAGCCCCCUCAGUCCACGGAGUCGCAAUUGCUAGUCCGCAUUCUUGACGAAAACGACAACAGUCCCGUUUUUGAUCCCAAGCAGUAUUCCGCCUCCGUGGCAGAAAACGCCAGCAUUGGGGCCAUGGUCCUCCAAGUAUCCGCAACUGAUGUGGACGAGGGCGCCAAUGGGCGCAUACGCUACUCCAUAUUGAUGGGAGAUCAAAACCACGACUUUAGCAUAAGCGAGGACACGGGCGUAGUACGGGUCGCUAAGAAUUUAAACUACGAGCGGCUAUCGCGCUACUCACUUACAGUUCGCGCCGAGGACUGCGCCUCUGAGAAUCCUGCUGGCGACACUGCGGAGCUGACUAUCAACAUCUUAGAUAUAAACGACAACCGGCCCACAUUUUUGGACUCCCCUUACUUGGCGCGCGUCAUGGAGAACACGGUGCCCCCCAAUGGCGGAUAUGUGCUUACGGUGAACGCCUACGACGCGGACACACCGCCGCUCAACUCGCAGGUACGCUACUUCCUGAAGGAAGGCGACAGCGACGUCUUUCGUAUCAACGCCUCUUCGGGCGACAUUGCGCUGCUGAAGCCUUUGGACCGCGAGCUGCAGAGCGAGUACACCCUGACACUGGUGGCUAUGGACACGGGGUCUCCUCCACUCACGGGCACUGGAAUCGUGCGAGUGGAGGUACAGGACAUCAACGACAACGAUCCGGUGUUUGAACUUCAGUCCUACCUCGCCACUGUUCGCGAAAACCUGCCGCCGGGCACUCAUGUCCUGCAGCCGAGGGCCACAGAUAAAGACGAGGGACUAAAUGCCAAGCUCCGCUUCAACCUUCUUGGCGAGCACAUGGCACGCUUCCAUAUCGACUCAGAGACGGGGGAGAUCUCGACAGCCGUAACUCUGGAUCGUGAGGAGUCAGCAGUUUACUAUCUGACGCUCAUGGCUCAGGAUAGAUCCGUUACCGAACCCCGCGCCUCAUCUGUAAAUCUAACGAUCAGUGUGUCCGAUGUCAACGAUAACGUACCGAAAUUUGAUUCCGCCAGCUACAGUGUUGCAGUUCCGGAUAGGCUCAGUAUGGGCGAGUUUGUCUUUGGAGCCAGGGCUCUGGAUUUGGAUGAAGGCAAAAACGCCGAAGUGGAGUACAGAAUCAGUGGAAGAGAUCAGCGUUACUUCGACAUUAACCCCAAGACGGGAGUGGUAAGCACAAAGGUGGAGCUUAAAAGUAAUGGCAAGCUUGCCGCUGAUUCGACCUACACAAUUAUAAUAUCUGCCAUUGACCACGGUGAGAGUCCCCAAAGUUCCACUACUGAGCUGACGGUCGUGUUGCGACCACGAGAGCUUUUUCCCACCUACUCCUACAUGGCCAAUAGCCACUUUACCAUGUCGGAGGAUGUAAGGCCGGGCAAAAUGGUAACCAAAGUUAGUGCCACAUCUCCGAAAAAGGGAUCGGCGGGCAAAGUUCGCUAUGCCAUAGCCGGCGGAAACUUGAGAGAUGCGGUUAGAGUAGACGCCAACAGUGGGGUUAUCAGCGUGGGACAGGAUGGCUUGGACUAUGAGUUGACCAACCUGUACGAGAUAUGGGUAGAGGCAGCCGACGGAGAUUCCCCAAGCCUACGUAGCGUAACUUUAAUAACUGUCAACGUAACGGACGCCAACGAUAAUGCGCCCAUCAUGGAGCGACCUUUUUACAAUGCCGAAGUUUUGGAGGAGGAGUCGCCGCCUCAGUUGAUAGCCGUUGUUAAAGCCAGCGAUCGCGACUCCGGCGAGAAUGGAAGGGUUACCUACCGCUUACAGAAUGAUUUUGAUGGCACCUUUGAGAUAAUGGAAUCGGGCGAGAUUUAUACCACGAUGCGACUUGAUCGAGAGGAGAUUGGCGACUACGCUUUUGUGGUGGAAGCUGUCGACCAGGGCGCACCCCGUCUGACGGGAACGGCCAGUGUUCUGCUGCACCUGCUGGAUAAAAACGACAAUCCUCCAAAGUUUACUCGCCUAUUUUCACUAAACGUAACCGAAAACGCCGAGAUAGGGAGCUUUGUGAUCCGUGUAACUUCUUCAGAUUUGGACCUUGGUGCCAACGCAAAUGCCACCUACUCGUUCAGCGAGAAUCCUGGCCAGAAGUUUCGCAUUGAGCCCCAAAGCGGGAACAUUACUGUGGCCGGGCAUCUCGACCGCGAGCAGCAGGAUGAGUACGUCCUCAAAGUAGUGGCUUCGGAUGGAGCUUGGCGUGCCGAAACACCGAUCACUAUAACGAUCCAAGACCAGAACGACAACGCGCCAGAGUUCGAGCACAGCUUCUACAGUUUUAGCUUUCCCGAGCUGCAGCAGUCGAUUGCUCUUGUGGGUCAAAUAAUAGCCACUGAUCGGGAUAAGCAAGGACCCAACUCUGUGAUCUCCUACUCGCUGCAGCAACCUUCGCCCAUGUUUAGUAUUGACCCGGCUACGGGAGAGGUCUUUAGCAAAAAGGUGGUACGCUUCAAGCACUCCCAGUAUACUCGCUCCCCGGAGAAUAUGUACGCCUUCACCGUCUUGGCAACCGAUAAUGGUAAACCGCCGCUGUAUUCCGAGUGUCUGGUAAAUAUCAACAUUGUCGACGCCCACAAUAGUCCCCCUAAGUUUGAGCAGAUGAAGUAUCUUGCGCCGUUGCCAGAGGACGCGGUGCGUGGCCAGCGCGUUGUUCGAGUGCACGCGAACGACAAACAAGAUAUGGGCGCCAAUGAGAUAGACUACUCCCUGGUCACCUCCAAUCUCAGCUCAACCUUCGCGGUCAACAGACAUGAUGGCUGGAUCACUUUGGUGAAGCCCCUUCAAGUGCCUCCUAACUCCCGAUAUGAACUCACUAUACGGGCCACCGACCGAGGAGUUCCGCCCCAGACAGAUGAGACUGAAGUUGUUAUUGUGGUGACCGGGGAGAACCUAGACACCCCAAGGUUCUCGGUUAACAGUUAUCAGGUGAUUGUCCCAGAGAACGAGCCCAUUGGAUCUACCAUCUUAACAGUCGGUGCAACAGACGAUGAUAUGGGGCCAAAUGGCAUGCUUCGAUAUGCUAUUUCUGGCGGCAACGAGCGUCAUGACUUCAGCGUGGACGAACUAACAGGAGGCAUUGUGAUUCAGCAGCAGUUGGACUAUGAUUUUAUACAGGAGUACCAUUUGAACAUUACGGUGCAGGAUUUGGGCUACCAGCCACUUUCCGCCGUAGCGAUGCUUACUAUAAUCCUAACAGAUGUCAACGACAACCCGCCUGUAUUUGAUCAGAAGGAAUAUCAUGCUUAUAUAGCAGAAAACAAACCUGUGGGCACCUUUGUAUUCAAGGCCCACGCAACGGACAAGGAUUCGCCGAAAAAUGCUAUUAUCCAUUAUGCAUUUCUGCCCAGUGAAGCGGACAGGCAUUUCUUCAGUAUUAACCAAUACAAUGGCUCCAUAUCCUCUGCUGUUUCCUUCGACUACGAGGAACGCCGCACCUACACACUUCAGCUGAAGGCAAAGAAUCCGGACUCGAGCAUGGAGAGCUACGCAACCCUCUAUGUGCACGUACUCGGCGUCAACGAAUUUUUCCCACAGUUCCUGCAGCCAGUUUUUCAUUUCGAUGUAUCGGAAACAUCUGCUGUAGGCAGCAGAGUCGGCGCUGUUCAGGCCACGGACAAAGACAGGGGCGAGGAUGGACGCGUUUACUUUCUACUGGUGGGCUCCAGCAACGACAAAGGAUUCCGAAUUGACACGAAUACUGGCUUGAUUUAUGUAGCCCGGCAUUUGGACCGCGAGACGCAGAACCGAGUGGUAUUAACAGUGAUGGCCAAGAACUUCGGCAGCAUUCGAGGCAAUGACACCGACGAGGCGCAGGUCAUCAUCUCGAUUCAAGACGGCAACGAUCCGCCCGAGUUCAUAAAACACUACUAUACCUCUACUGUUUCCGAGGCGGCACCAAUCGGUACAAAAGUCACUACAGUUAAAGCAAUUGACAAAGAUGUACGGCCACAAAAUAAUCAGUUCAGUUAUUCAAUAAUCAACGGCAAUCUCAAGCAGAGCUUCAAGGUUGAUGUGCAGACGGGUGAAAUUAGUACGGCAAGCCUUCUGGAUCGCGAGGAGAUAGCCACUUACAACUUGGUGAUUGGAGCUAUAGACACUGGGCUGCCCCCCCAGACGGGAAGUGCUACAGUUCACAUAGAACUAGAAGAUGUGAAUGAUAACGGCCCCACCUUUACACCUGAAGGUCUCGUCGGAUACAUUUCCGAAAACGAACCGGCUGGUACUUCGAUUAUGACCCUAAUGGCCAGUGAUCCAGAUCUACCGCGAAAUGGAGGGCCAUUCACCUAUAACUUAGUGGCUGGAAAGCACAAGACUUGGCUUAGUGUGGAUAAACACACGGGUCUGGUUAAGUCGACAACCACUUUCGAUCGAGAGAUCACAGCCAUUCUGGAGGCCGUAAUCGAGGUGGAGGACAGUGGUAAGCCCAAGCAGCGAUCGCAGCAUAUGCUCACCAUCUCAGUACUCGAUCAGAAUGAUAAUCCCUCAACAACAAGAAGUUUGCAUGUCGCUGUCAGCCUGUUUAACGGCGAUCUUCCCUCUAAUGUGAAACUCGCUGAUGUGCGUCCGAACGACAUUGACAUUGUAGGCGAUUAUCGCUGCCGUCUUCAAAGCGCCACCCAGAGCCAGUUGCAACUUAGCAUUCCGCGGGCUUGUGAUUUAGUUACCACAUCGCUUACCACGCCGGUAGCUUCUGUUUUUAGUUACACAGGGAACGAUGGCAAGCAUGGGGAUGUAAGCUCUAAAGUGAGUGUAGCAUUUCAGAGCUUUGACAACGAGACCCUUGCAAACUCAAUAUCUAUUAUGGUGCGCAACAUAACUGCUAACCAUUUUUUGGUUCAUCAUUACCGCCAAAUGCUAGAGAUGGUUAAGUCACGUCUUGGUAACGAGGACGAGGUCUUUUUGUACAGCCUCCUCGAAAGCGGUGGCGGAAAUUCCACAAGUCUGCAGGCCCUGAUGGCAGUACGAUCGGCCAAGAGGAUUUACCAGCAGCCCAGGCAUUUAAUUGAACACCUGCGGGAGAAGCGGGGCGCUUUUUCCGAACUCCUGCAAAAAGAGGUGAUCGUAGGCUACGAACCUUGCACCGAACCGGGCGUGUGCGAAAAUGGCGGCGUUUGCAGUGCCAGCAUUCGGCUGAUGGACGCCCACUCAUUCGUUAUCGUCGACAGUCCCUCCCUGAUGUUAAGCGGGCCCCGCGUCGUCCAUGAUUACAGUUGCCAUUGCACCAGCGGUUUCUCGGGAGAGCAAUGCAGUCGAAGACAGGACCCAUGCCUACCAAAUCCCUGCCAAAUGCAAGUCCAGUGCCGUCGUCUCGGCAGCGAUUUCCAGUGCGUUUGUCCGGUCAACCGGGACGGCAAGCAGUGUGAGAAAGAGCGCAGUGAUGUCUGCUAUAGCAAGCCAUGUCGCAACGGAGGAAGUUGUCAACGCAGCCCCGACGGAUCGUCCUACUUCUGCCUGUGCCGUCCUGGAUUCCGUGGCAGUCAGUGCGAGAGUGUGUCCGACUCAUGCCGACCCAAUCCGUGUGUCCAUGGUGGCCUCUGUGUCAGCCUAAAGCCGGGAUACAAGUGCAACUGCACGCCGGGGAGGUAUGGACGGCAUUGUGAACGCUUCAGCUACGGAUUCCAGCCGCUCUCAUUCAUGGCUUUUCCCGCCUUGGAUGUUACGACCAACGACAUCUCAAUUGUCUUUGCCACCACGAAACCGAACUCCUUGUUGCUGUACAAUUACGGCAUGCAAAGUGGCGGGAGGUCGGAUUUCCUGGCCAUCGAGCUGGUGCACGGUAAAGCAUAUUUUUCCUCAGGUGGAGCACGUACUGCCAUUAGCACAGUGGUCGCCGGGCGGAAUCUGGCUGACGGAGGAUGGCACAAGGUUACGGCCACUCGAAAUGGACGAGUAAUGUCUCUGAGCGUGGCCAAGUGUACAGAUUCCGGGGACUCGUGUACAGAGUGCACGCCUGGAGACACCAGCUGCUAUGCUGACGAAGUGGGACCCGUGGGAACACUCAACUUCAACAAGCAGCCAUUGCUAAUUGGGGGCUUGUCCUUAGCCGAUCCAGUCCUGGAGCGACCUGGCCAAAUACACAGCGACGACCUUGUGGGCUGUCUGCACAGUGUGCAUAUCGGGGGACGUGCCUUAAACCUGAGCUCCCCACUCCAGCAGAGGGGCGUUUCGCCGGGAUGCAAUCAUCAGGCCUGUCAACCAGCACUGGCUGCCGAGCGCUGUGGAGGUUUUGCGGGGCAGUGCAUUGACCGGUGGUCAAGUUCUCUUUGUCAGUGCGGCGGAUACCUUCAGUCGCCUGACUGCACGGACUCCCUAGAUCCCAUUACCCUCAGUGGAGGCGCCUUUGUGGAGUUCAGGAUCUCCGAGAUAUAUCGCCGCAUGCAGCUUCUGGACAAUCUUUACAGCAGAAAGAGCGCGUGGUCCAACGAUGAGCCGCGGGACCUUCGUCAAGCCGAAGCUGGAAACACUACCACCGUCUCCCAGGACCAUGAGGUGCCCAAAGUACUAAGCGUGCUUUUCCGCACUUACAAGGAGCAGGGUCAGAUUCUUUAUGCCGCCACUAAUCAAAUGUUUACCUCGCUGUCGUUGCACGAAGGCCGCUUGGUGUACUACUCCAAGCAGCACCUGGUCAUUAAUAUGACUGUGCAGGAACCUGGUUUGCUCAACGAUGGAAAAUGGCACAAUGUAAGCUUGUACAGCGAAAGUCGAAGUCUGCGGUUGCUCCUCGAUGGCCGCCAGGUGGGAGAUGAGCUCGAUAUUGCCGGAGUGCAUGAUUUUUUGGACCCCUAUUUAACCACAUUAAGCGUGGGCGGAGGAGUCCAGGAAGAUGCCUUUGUUGGUUGCCUAGCGAACUUCACACUGAACAACGAGCUGCAACCGCUGAAUGGAUCCGGCAGCAUCUUCCCCGAGGUUCGCUACCACGGGAAAAUUGAGUUCGGUUGCAGUGGAGACAUUGGUCAAGACGCGGCUCAAGUGGCUGAUCGGCUCAGCAUUGGCAUCACUUUGGUCAUAGUUUUCUUUGUCAUUUUGGUUGUGGCCAUACUUGGUUCCUAUGUAAUCUACCGAUUUCGGGGAAAGCAGGAGAAGAUCGGCAGCCUAAGCUGCGGCGUGCCUGGGUUCAAAAUCAAACAUCCUGGCGGAGUGCUAGGUGGCAGUCCAUCAGUGCCGCAGAGCCAAGCGGACCAUGUUUUGGCCCGCAACAUGCAUCCUAGCGAUGUACCAUCUCCUCCAAUUGGCGGCGGAGACCACAUGCGACCGCCUGUUGGACCCCACCACUUGGUGGGCCCCGAACUGCUGACCAAGAAGUUUAAGGAGCCCACCGCGGAACUAUCUCAACCGCAGCAACGUCCGCAGCGUCCGGAUAUCAUAGAGCGCGAGGUCGUGGGCAAAAGCCCGCUCAUACGAGAGGAGCACCACCUGGCAAUUCCGCCUCUCCACCCUCUGCCGCUCGAGCACGCCAGCUCUGUGGAUUUGGGUUCAGAGUAUCCGGAGCACUACGAUCUGGAAAACGCAAGCUCUAUCGCGCCCUCGGACAUUGAUAUUGUGUACCAUUACAAGGGCUAUCGGGAGGCCGGUGGUCUGCGAAAGUAUAAGGCCACAGCACCGCCCGUUUCUGCAUAUACACACCACAAGCAUCAGAGCUCCGCCUCUCAGCAGCAACAGCACCGACAUGCCGCUCCGUUCGUGACCCGAAACCAAGGUGGCCAGCCGCCACCUCCGCCCACCAGUGCCUCCCGCACUCACCAAAGCACUCCGCUGGCGAGGCUCUCGCCCAGUUCCGAGCUGAGCUCCCAGCAGCCGCGCAUCCUUACCCUACACGACAUCUCUGGAAAGCCUUUGCAAAGUGCCCUGCUGGCCACAACUUCCAGUUCUGGCGGCGUGGGUAAGGACGCUCACAGCAACAGUGAACGUAGCUUGAACAGCCCGGUAAUGUCGCAACUAUCUGGCCAAAGCUCCAGUGCCAGUAGGCAAAAGCCAGGAGUCCCACAGCCUACGCCGCAGCAAGCUUCAAUGGGUCUGACUGCCGAGGAGAUUGAAAGGCUGAACACGCGCCCGCGGACCUGCAGCUUGAUAUCCACCCUGGAUGCCGUCUCAUCCAGCAGUGAGGCACCCCGAGUAUCCAGUAGUGCGCUCCACAUGUCCUUGGGCAGCGGAAUGCACAACACGGAUGUGGACGCCCACAGCUCCACCUCCACCGACGAAAGUGGAAACGACAGCUUCACGUGCUCUGAGAUCGAGUACGACAACAAUAGUCUGAGUGGAGACGGGAAGUACUCGACCAGCAAGAGCCUUCUGGACGGGCGCAGUCCAGUGGCCAGAGCCCUUAGCGGGGAGCCCAGCAGGAACCCUCCGAGCGUGGUCAAAACACCGCCCGUUCCGCCGCACGCCUACGACGGCUUUGAGUCAUCGUUCCGCGGAUCGCUGAGCACGCUGGUGGCCAGCGACGAUGACAUAGCCAACCACCUAAGCGGCAUCUACCGCAAAGCCAAUGGCGCAGCAUCCCCGUCUGCCACCACGCUCGGAUGGGAGUAUCUUCUCAACUGGGGGCCAAGCUACGAAAACCUAAUGGGUGUGUUCAAGGAUAUCGCCGAACUUCCCGACACAAACGGACCGUCGCAACAGCAACAACAGCAGCAAGCCCAAGCCGUGUCCACGUUACGGAUGCCAUCGAACGGACCGGCGGCUCCAGAAGAAUACGUCUAAGCUCUAACAUUGCACUUAAAACUGCGUGGAAGAGAUCAGAAAUUCCAGGAAAACGCAUGUGUACAUUUUGUGAAAAGUUGCAUCCUUCCUUAGUAACUGUUAAGUAAUGCCAUUUUGAUUUGCAAUGUACAACGAAACCGUAAUGAGGAUAAACGAUAAGUUAAACAAUCAUGCACGGGUAGUAGGAUCGUGUAUUUAUAGGAUUACAAUGCUUAUGUGUCUUAUCUUAUCCGAAUGCCUUGUAUCAAGGCCAAACAUCCUAAGUGCACUUCCGUUAUGGGUUUAAAAGCAACUAUAUUGACUGAUAUUACCGUAUAUUAAUAUACUCAUAUAUGAAGGACAAUUUUUUAAAUUGAUUUCUGUACUUGUGUAAAUGUUUUCUGAGUGCUAUAUUAAGAUAGUUUGGACAACAGUAUGUAAUCAUUUUCAUUGCCACUUAAGAAAAAUUAACGUUGUUCUAAUUUAUUAACAAUUUCGCCAACACCCCCAAACUACCUUAGCCGUAGUCAUAGUAAAUUAGUUUCAAAAAUACUUCGCAUUCAUUUAGAUAUAAUUGUACAUGUGUGUAAGUUUGUAUUUCUAAUUUUUAGAAAAAUGUUAUUUAAUACAUAUUAAUCAUAAACAAACAUUUUGGGUUGCUUGCAUAGCUCGUUUGUCUUUACAGUGAUUAUAGUAUUUCAAGUUAUGCGCUGGUCAAUAAACACCGGAAAGAGAAUAUGGCCAACCUGAACAAGGCAAUUACAAAAUAAUUUUUCUAGAAGUGCCGUUUUGGACAUGAACAAAAAUCCCACCACAAAUGUUUAAAGGUAUGCCACUUUGAAAUCGCGUUAAAAUUGGCUAAGUUAUAGGUUGUGAAAGUACCGCCUAGGGCCACCUUACUGCAGAUCAUGGUAAACUUAAAUAAAAUCGGACAUGAGCGAGAGCAUAGACCAUCCGUAAACCGAAAACCUUGAAUGCAGUUUCUUUAAGAAUCCCACCACAAUUGUUAAGAGGUAUGCCACUUGGUAAUCGCGUUAAAAUUGGCGAAGUUAUAGGUUGUGAAAGUACCGCCUAGAGCCACCUUACUGCAGAUCAUGGUAAACUUAAAUAAAAUCGGACAUGAGCGGGGGCCAAAAAAUGGACCAUCCGUAAACCGAAAACCUUGAAUGCAGUUUCUUUAAGAAUCUCACCAUAAAUGUUAAAAGGUAUGCCACUUUGUAAUCGCGUUAAAAUUGGCGAAGUUAUAGGUUGUUUCGUUAUGAGCUUUGUAGGUGCAACAAAGGGUCCCUGCUUCAGAAACUUAAAUAUAAGAACUUCCUAAUAUAAUAUUUUAAAGGACGUAAAUUUAUUUGAAUAAAUAUU